ACCUUAUCAACAAGUCACUUUAAGCCCUUAAAAUUUUAUAAACGUUCUAAAAAAACCUUGAAAUUUUUGUAGGGUUAGAAUAACAUUUACCGUUCAUAUUUCCCGUCCAUCAUCUCCCACCCAAGCCGUCACGUACUACUCACGCCUUAAAUCCCUAAUCGCCAUCGGUCCACCACACUCCAGCACCUCAACUCGCUGGUCUCCGCCGCUCAAAACAGUCCCUUCCAUUCUCCAUUUCUGUUUGACCAAGAGGAAGAAGCGUAGAAGCAAGCACCAAGCAGUGCACAACGGAUUUCGACUUUCAAGAGACAAGCUGUUUGAUUAAAUGCCUGAAAGGGAUGUAUAUAGUACUUUCUUGAUAUGCAUGUUUUCACUGACGAGUCAAGAGAUAGAUAAAUAGACACAUCCCAUUGCAUUGAUCGGGGGCGUUCGUAGUGACUGUGGGGGUCGAAGACCAAGAAGUGAGUUAUUUAUACCAAGCAUUCUUCUUACGACUAGAUCCAAUCUCCUGGUCCCUGCUGAAAGGAAAAAGAAUUUCACGCUCUUCCUUUCGGUAAGGGAGGAUUAGGGAAAUCCUAUUGAUUUUAGCUUUCUCCAGACCUCGGGGAAAAGCAUGAAAAAAAAAGGCUUGAAUGGUAUGAUCCCUCCGUCACCCCAGAAUGAAAGGGGUGAUCUCGUAGUUCUUGGUCUGUGAAGAUGCGUUGUUAGGUGCUCCAUUUUAUUUUUCCAUUGAGGCCGAACCUAAACCUGUGCUCGAGAGAGUAGGGUGGAAAAAGCCAAAAUAAGUGAUUUUAGCCCUUAUAAAAAGAAAACUGAUUCUUGAACCCCUUUCACGCUCAUGUCACGUAGAGGCACCUGAAUUUACAUAUGCAUUCUGCAAUGUUGGAUGAAAGCAAAUUUGAUGUGCAUUUGAAGUUGUGGGCACUUCGAAUCCCUAGAGAGUUCUGCAAGGUUGCAACUAAGCUUCUUAAUGGACAUAUGCUUGAUAGACCACGUAUCAAGCCCAUCACCGAAGACCCAACUAGUGAAAAAACACGUUAUGUUAUAUUAUCUGAAAGGGUUCAAAAUCCAGAUCUUUCAGAUAUUCCAACCAAGAAUCUUGAUGAGUUAAAGAAACUAUGCAAGAUUGAAACAGUUCCAUACUCAUUGACACUUGGAUAUUCAUACUGGGGUGCAGACCAUGUGCUGAAGCAGAUUCUACCUUCUGGACUUGAGGUCCCUUCAUCUUUUGAAACAAUAGGUCACAUUGCUCAUCUGAACAUACCAGAUGAACUCCUUCCAUACAAGGAUGUAAUUGCAAAGGUCAUCUAUGAUAAAAACUAUCCCAGAAUCCAGACAGUUGUCAACAAAGUUGGCAGCAUUUCAAACGAAUUCCGGGUCCCACAAUUUGAAAUUUUGGCGGGAAAACAGGAAAUGUCUACAGAGGUGAAACAGUAUGGAGCAACUUUCAAGAUGGAUUACGGAUUGGUGUAUUGGAAUUCAAGAUUAGAGCAUGAACACAUAAGAUUGGUGAAUAAGUUUGAGAAAGGAGAAAUCAUAUGUGACAUGUUUGCAGGAAUUGGACCUUUUGCUAUUCCUUCUGCUCAAAAAGGAUGCUUGGUGUAUGCAAAUGAUCUGAAUCCAGACAGUGUUCGUUAUCUCAAAAUUAAUGCAGAUAUCAACAAGGUUAAUCACAAUCUUCAUGCUUAUAAUUUGGAUGCAAGAAUUUUCAUGUCUAAAUUGAUGCAAGUGUUGCCUGUUGAUGAUGAUGUGAAAAAACCAAAACCAGAAUCUGAGAAAAGGAAUGGAGAGGAGGGGGAUAUGAACAAAGAAUCAAAUAUAGCCACUUCUGAAAGCUGUAUACAAGCUCAUGUAGCUGUGAAGACAAAAGGAAGCAAAAAUAAAAGAAUGAAAACUUUGUUGACAUUUUCUGAUAAAUCAUGGGAACAUAUUGAUCAUGUGAUAAUGAACCUUCCUGCUUCUGCUUUGCAGUUUUUAGAUGUAUUUAGAGGACUUAUACAGAUGAAAUAUUGGAAAGGAUCUCUUCCAUGGAUUCAUUGCUAUUGCUUCAUUCGAUCAAAUGAGACUCAAGAAUCAGUGGUUUCAGAGGCAGAAUCUCUCUUGAAUGCUAAGAUACACGACCCCUUAUUUCAUCGAGUCAGAGAUGUUGCUCCAAAUAAGGCGAUGUAUUGCUUGAGCUUUCGAUUGCCCGAAGAAGCAUGCAUCAAUGAAGUUUCUUGAUUUAAAUAUUGUAACUUUUUUACAUUAUUAUUUGGAUGAUAAUUAGUUAUCUUUAACUUUUUUAUUUUUUUUGUGUGUUUUAGGAUAAGAGUUUUCGAUAAAGUAUAAUACUCUUCUUUUU